AUGACCUCGGCAAACAACUACGAGCAGCUGGAGCUGCAGCAGCAAUACAGCCGCGUCAACGACCGCUGGGACGCCUCCGACGAUGAGCUGGACAACGACAACAGCUCAGCGCGUCUCUUCGAGCGCUCUCGCAUCAAAGCCCUGGCAGACGAGCGGGAGGCCGUGCAGAAGAAAACCUUCACCAAGUGGGUGAAUUCACACUUGGCUCGUGUCACCUGCCGCAUCUCGGACCUCUACCUGGACCUCCGGGACGGGCGGGUGCUCAUCAAGCUGCUGGAGGUGCUGUCGGGAGAGCUUCUGCCCAAGCCCACCAAGGGCCGUAUGCGGAUCCACUGCCUGGAGAACGUGGACAAGGCGUUGCAGUUCCUGAAGGAGCAGAAGGUGCACCUGGAGAACAUGGGCUCCCACGACAUUGUGGAUGGCAACCACCGCCUCGUCCUAGGCCUCAUUUGGACCAUCAUCCUCCGCUUCCAGAUCCAGGACAUCAUAGAGGAGGAUGGUCAGGAGACGCGCUCCGCCAGGGAUGCACUGUUGCUGUGGUGCCAGAUGAAGACGGCAGGGUACCCCCAUGUGAACGUCAUCAACUUCACCUCAAGCUGGAAGGACGGGCUGGCCUUCAAUGCCCUCAUCCACAAGCACAGGCCUGAGCUGGUUGACUUCCAAAACUUGACCAAAUCCAAUGCCCGGCACAACCUGGAGCACGCGUUCAGCGUGGCAGAGCGACACCUGGGCAUCACCCCACUCCUUGACCCCGAAGAUGUGUUCACGGAGAACCCUGAUGAGAAGUCCAUCAUCACCUAUGUGGUGGCCUUCUACCACUACUUCUCCAAGAUGAAGGUGCUGGAGGUGGAGGGCAGGCGUCUGGGCAAGGUCAUUGAGCAUGCCAAGGAGACAGAGCGGAUGAUCGAGGGCUAUGGGAGGCUGGCCUCUGACCUGCUCACCUGGAUCGAGCAGACCAUCGCCUCCCUCAACAGCCGCAGCUUUGCCAACUCGCUGGCCGGGGUGCAGCACCAGCUUCAGGCCUUCAGCACCUACCGCACCGUGGAGAAGCCCCCCAAGUUCCAGGAGAAGGGCAACCUGGAGGUGCUGCUCUUCACCAUCCAGUCACGGAUGCGACCCAACAACCAGCGUGGCUACACCCCGCACGAGGGGCGCCUGGUCUCUGACAUCAACCGGGCCUGGGAGCAGCUGGAGAAAGCAGAGCAUGAGCGGGAGCUGGCGCUGCGCACCGAGCUCAUCCGGCAGGAGAAGCUGGUCGACCGCAAGGCAGCCAUGCGAGAGGCCUGGCUGAGCGAGAACCAGCGCCUGGUGGCCCAGGACAACUUUGGCCAGGCCCUGCCAGCAGUAGAGGCGGCCAAGAAGAAGCAUGAGGCCAUUGAGACAGACACGGCCGCCUACAAGGAGCGGGUGCAGGCCAUCGAGGCAGUGGCAAAGGAGCUGGAGGUGGAGGGCUACCAUGACAUCCAGCGCAUCAACGGGCGCAAGGACAACAUCCUGCGGCUCUGGGUGCAGCUCCAGGAGCUGUUGGCUGCCCGGCGCAAGCGCCUGGAGAUGAACCUCGUCCUGCAGCACCUCUUCCAGGAGAUGCUCCAUAGCAUUGACUGGAUGGACGAGGUCAAG